AUGCCAAGUCUACAAGAAGCAGUCCAAUCUCGCCUAAAGGAAUCGACGAUCACGGGCACUUGCGCCACAUACACGGGCACGAUCGAUACGACAUGGUGUAUCGGUUCGGUUCCCCAAGGCGGCUACUCUCUCUCCCUUAUCCUCAAUGCUGUUCUCGCGUUUAUGCGGACACCUGAAGUCGCUUCGACCGACGUUACAUCCCUUUCGCACCACGAUCCUUUGCUACUGAGUGCGACGUAUAUCCAAGCUGUCGCAUGGACCCCAUUCGAGGUGCGCAUUCGCGUUUUAAAGCGGGGUAAAAGCUUGAGCAACAUUCAAGCAGAUCUCUAUCAAGACGACCAACUGCGCAUCACCACGCAAGUUCUAAUGACCAACUUUGUCCUUCAAAAGGAGUCGGCCGAUAAAAGCCGUGUUGGCAGGGACGCCGAUGAUGCAACUCAAAACGGUUAUACUCUAACCUCUCGUUCUCAAUGGGCCCCUUCAUUCCCCCUAUGCCCACCGUCGGCUUGUGAGCCUGCCAUUUACUUUGACGAAAGCAUUGAAGCCAAGGGCGGUAAAAAGUUCGGCUUUGGUAAACUGCUAACCACCUGCUCAGACGGGAAACAUGUAGAAUCCACACUGAAAGGCAACACGCUAACCUCUGGCGUAUAUUACACGCUCACUCCCCACCCACCGCUAAGCCUACCGCAAGAUCAAGUCAAGAAUGGAAGGCUAGCAGAGGGGAUCAACUUGAUUCCUUUUCUAGCCGACAUGUUUCUAAGUCCACCGAUGAUGAUUGCAGGCAAACACGAGCCUCAUUGGUAUCCAACGCUACACUUAACAAUCGAAUUCAAAAGACAAAUGCCAAGCAACAAGGUCGUCGAUAGAAGCGCCACCUACAGCAAAGGCAGAUUUAUGAUCAAUGGCCAACACGAAACCGAUGGCGAACUCUGGUCUCACCCCGACGAUGCCAACCUAUUCGAAGGGCAGCAAGCUGCAGUACAUGUCGUCCAAGGACAAGGAAAAGCGAGCAGGGUGGUUGGAAAAAGUUAUAUCUUGGCAAUUGCAAGACAGACAGCCCUGGUAUUACCCUUUGCUGUCAAUGUCAAUAAGACCAAGGCCAAGCUGUAG